AUGGACGAAGAUGUUAUCGAAUUAAAUGUCGGUGGAACGCACUACAGCACCAUUCGACGAACGUUAAUGAAAGAACCUGACACAUUACUCUAUAGAAUAGCCAGCUCCUCUACAUCAUCUCUACCAAAAGCAAUUAUUCAACUCGACAAAAACAAAUAUUUUAUCGAUCGAGAUGGCCAAUUAUUUUCUCACAUUCUCAACUAUCUACGAACAGAGAAGCUAAUAUUGCCUGAAGGAUUCGCAGACGUUGCACGUCUCAAGAAUGAAAUUGAAUUCUACGAAAUCGAAAAGCUACGAACGGCACUUGGUCCACAACUUACAACGUUAACUCCGAUGAAACCAAAACUUUCCAAUGGAGCUUUCUAUCCGAUAAACGAGACUGGAGGCUACAUUACUCUUGGCUACCGAGGUACAUUUGCAUUCGGACGGGACGGCCAAGCAGACGUCAAGUUCCGGAAAUUACAUCGAAUCCUCGUUUGUGGAAGAGCGACGUUAUGCCGUGAGGUUUUUGGCGAGACGUUGAACGAAAGUCGUGAUCCUGGUGGACCCGAUGAUGGCGAGCGCUAUACUUCACGGCUUUAUCUCAAGCAUCAAUGCCUCGAACGAGCCUGUGACGUCAUGGCCGAAAAAGGCUUCAAAUUGGUCGCAACGUGUUGCAGUGGUGCUAACGGACUCGCGGCUGCUAAUCAUCCCAUUGUCGCCGGUGCUUUAAGUGGAGCCAGUACAACGGUAAUUCUCCCGAUUCUUUCAGCUAUUUUCGAGAUUUUUUCCUGA